AUGGCCCUAUCACCCCCUAAUGCCAAACCCUUGGAGAAAAUCUUCCUCUUCGGCGACCAAGCUUACAGCACCCCCAAACGCGAUCUCAAGCGCUUGCUAGACGAUGAGGCCUUCCAACAGACCUUCCCUGAUCCCUCAUCGCCCUUCUCCCUCUUCAUUCAUCGCUGCGGGAGUGAAAUCCAGCGCGAUCUGGCCCAGUUCGUCAACCCCAUGAAGGUCAAACACCUCUGCCCUUCCGGCACCCUAGCCGACAUGCUCCUGCAGUGGCAUUACCGUAACAUUGGCUACUCCCACCCGCACUACUCCGACCGCGACGAUGCCCACCGCUGCUUAGCGCUGGAUAUGGCGUUGCUUGUCGCAUAUCAGGUGCUGCUAUUCAUUCGACAUGUCGAAUCUUCCCCAUCAGCGGAGCACUACGGGAACGCUACUGUCAUAGGCACUUGCACCGGGGCACUGGCUGCUGCGGCGGUGGGGUGCAGUGCCGGCUUAGCGGAGCUGGUCCCGCUGGGUAUAGAGGCUGUCCGGGUUGCCUUCCGGGUGGGUCUGGUCGUGGAUCGGAAGGCACGGGAUACCGCACCAGUGACAGGCACGAAGCAGCCUUGGAGCAUGGCGGUGUCGGCCGCGGACGAGCGCACGUUUCAGGGGCUGCGAGUCUUCCUGCAGCGGCUCGCGGGCAAAGUUGGGAACACUGCCAGCAGCUGGUUGCAAAAGGUUGACAAUAGGAAACGCGAGGCAAGAAAAGGGUCAUACUGGGUGAGCGCAUGGGGGCCGAGCUCGGUAACGGUGUCGGGGCCGCCGGAGGUGCUAGCGGAGCUGGCGGACUCGGACGGGCUAGCGGUUCCCGGCGUGAGGAUAUUGCCGAUACCGAUAUUCGGGCCGUUUCAUAGCUCAUUGCUCCACACGAAGAAGGAUGUUGCUAGGUUGCUGGCGUUCCUGGACCCAGCAGUGGCGACGACGCCCGCAUGUCUGACGGUGAUCUCGGCCUCAACAGGCGAGGCCCCAGAAGAGGCCGUUGACUUCGUCACACUUAUGCGCACCGCUGUCGAUGACAUGCUUCUACGUCCGCUUCGCUGGGACCUCGUGCUACAGCGGUUUUGCGAGCACGCCGAGACGAGUGAGAGUGGGACUGGGUUGCCGGAGGUUAUCUCAAUCGCGUCGUCCGCGGGACAGUCUCUCAACACAGCCUUGAGCCAGGCGCAGAAGGGAACACGAAAACCGCGCAAGGUAAAAGAUCACGGCCUGGAGAGUACGACAAUUCACCGUGUCAUAACAGAGGCAGACUUGAUGGUGGGAGACGGGCUAUAUCUGGUAACGGAGGCAGAUCUGGCGAGACCGGAUCUGAGGGAGGCAGUUCAGGGGCAUUUGGUAGAGGGAAAGCGGCUAUGUACGCCGUCCGUCUUCGCGGAUAUUGCCAUGACGCUUGGAAAUUACCUUGUUGAGAUACUGAAGAACCACGAAAGGAAACAUGCGCUCGGAGUUCAUAAGCAGCUCGCCCAAACGCAUAAAUAUCUCGUCACUAUUGCUGACUUGAGUGUCAGCAAGGCGUUAGUUGCUGGCAACAACGGUCCGGGGUCGCAGCUGCUACAAUGCCAUGCACACGCUGACUGGACUGUUCGUACUGCUCGGUGCAAAUUCGCCGUUGUGAGCCGCUCUGGCAAGCCCCAACAGCACGCCGAAUGCACCAUUCGUAUCACCGACGACUCCAUUCUAUCCCUUUUCCAACAAUACUCUUCCGGCGAAUCUCAUCGUAUCAAUGUGUCCUCUCUGCGUUCCCGGCCCGGCACCACUCAUAUCUCCGGCAGCAUGGCGUAUAGGGUGGUCUCCUCUCUAGCCGAGUUUCACCGCAAUCACCGACUCGUUCAAUCCCUGGUGCUCGACCAGCACACACAUGAGAUCGCUGCCCUCGUCCGUUUCCCCGGCGAUCUUUCUGGUCAUGGCGACUACACUGCGCACCCAGCGAUUAUCGAUGCCUUUACGCAGCCAGCUGGGUUCUGUCUCAACCUUGACGACGCAACCGAUCUAGAGCACACCGUUUACAUCAACCACGGUUGGGAGGAUAUGCUCCUGUUCGAGACAAUCGACAUGGGGCUUGAAUAUACGGUGUAUGUGCGCAUGCAACAAGUUGGCCGGACACGGAAGUGGACGGGUGACAUCAUCGUCCUUCGCGAGAACAACAUCGUGGCGGCUUUCCUACAGUAUUCCGUGAACGCUUUCCCCCGGCGUGUGUUCAGCAAUAUGUUGAGCCAAGAGACCAAAAUAGCUGAGAAAAUGGCCACAACGUCCUCAAGGGUGCUGCAAACAGCCGUGCCGUGUAGUCCGCCCCAGACGCCGAAGCCGCAGAAGACGCUCAGAAUACAGACAAAGCCCGCUGAUGGGGCGGGCCAGGGGAUCUUCCCUACAAGCCCGGUGUCACCAGAUGAUAUGAGCAGGAAAGGGCCGUCUGUAUCUCCACAACAGAACCAACAGUGGUUGUACGGGGGUGACUCGCCGGCGAUGGCGACUUCUUGUAGUGCGACACCACGUAGCUUCGACACGUCCCUUACCAUCCCCGACGUUCAGAAACAGGACAAAUCAUCCACCAUCGCUAUUCCUCCGUGCAAGUCUAUUAUCCUCCAAGGCUUCCCAAAGACCGCCCACACAUUUCUCUUCCUUUUUCCUGACGGCUCCGGCAGCGCUACAUCGUACGCUUCUCUUCCGCCCGUUGGUGUUGGCGUCUGCGUCGUCGGCCUAAUGUGCCCGUUCCUACGUGGCGACACGGCCACGAUGGCAUAUUGA